CAAAAAAAUGGAGUUAAAAAAGCAGAAUAAUUUAUUGUAUGUUUUGUUAAGUGUUUUAUUGUUGCACAAUAAUCUAUGUUUGUGUUCAUUGUUUUGGGGAAACGGUAAAAAUCCAGCUGAUUUAACACGAUGUUAUUUGGGUCGUGAACCAGAAAUGUUGGUUAUUGAUGUUGGUGAAACUAAACGUUUACCAAAUGCAUGUUGUAGCGUGCAUUGUCAAGAAGAUUUAAUAAUUAGAGGAACAUGCUGUGGAGUAGUAAGUGGACCACCAGAAUGCACAAAAACUAGACCAAAUUUAGCUUUGCCAUAUCCAGACUGCUGUCCAACAAUUCUUUGUCCUAAUCACGUAUAAUGAAGUUUAUUAAUUUAGUUUAAAAUUUGUAUGUAUAUUUAUUUAUAACUAAUUUUUAUAUAAUGUAAU